AUGUUUCCAAUUGCUUGGGUCGUUGUGAAGGUAGAGAGCAAGGAUACUUGGUCGUGGUUCCUGAAAAAUUUGAUGGCGGACCUUGAGAUCACUAAUGGAGGAGGUUGGGCAUUCAUGAGCGACCAACAAAAGGGACUUCUUCCUGCUCUAGCUGAGUUGAUGCCAUUUGCUGAACAUAGGAUGUGUGCGAGGUACAUAUAUGCAAACUGGACAAAGAUCUACAAAGGGGAGAAACUACAGAAGCAAUUUUGGAUGAUAGCUAAGAGCACCAACAUGGCUGAUUUUAGAAUUCACAAACAGCAGCUGCUUGACUUGACGAAGGACGGUUAUGAAGCACUUUUUCAAACUGAACCCAGGCAUUGGUGCAAGGCCUUCUUCAGUGAAGAAUUCAAGAGCGAUAUCAUUGAUAACAAUCUCAGUGAAGCCUUCAAUGGCAGAAUUUUAGAGGCGAGGUGCAAACCAAUCAUCAGCAUGCUUGAGGAUAUUCAAGUGAUAGUCAUGACAAGGCUGCAAAAACAGAGAGAUGAGGCUGCGAAGUGGACUGGACAGUGUGGUCCUAGGAUUGCUAAAAGAUUGGAUGACAACUUGGCGAGUAGUAGGUUCUGUCAUCCUAUCUGGAAUGGAGAUGAUGGCUAUGAGGACAUGGAAAAAACAGACAAGUAUGUUGUCCAAUUGGACAAACUAAAGUGCUCAUGUCGAGCUUGGCAACUUUCUGGAAUUCCCUGCAUACAUGCCAUUUUUGCCAUCCAAGCGAAGUACCAUAAUCCCAAGGAUUACCUGCAUGGUUGCUACCACAAAAGCACAUAUCUUGCUGCGUACCAGCACAUGAUGCAGCCUAUUAGAAGUACAAAAUUCUGGGAGCCGACAAAUCAUGAAGCCCCUCAUCCUUUGCCACUUAAGAAACAAAUGGGAAGGCCUAAAAGGAGACGAAGAAAGCAGGAGGGAGAGCCCAGAAGUAAGAAGAUGAGCAGAGUCAGGUGUAGAGAUAAAAUGCUCAUAUUGUCGUGA